AUGCACCGCACUUCUCAGCCUCGUCGCUUCGCGUGUCGUUCUUCUGCUUCCUCCGCUGCUUCGUUGAUGCCUGCACUCUGCGCGGCGCCGAGCGUCGCGGGGUUCCCUCUUGACGGCCCAGGCACUCGCCCAGCCUUUCCGCCGUCGAGCAGGGUGAUGCCCGAGGGGGUCGAGGUGGACGCCGGCGAGCGCAAGGAGAAGGACGGGAUGGCGGUGGCGCGGCGCAAGAGUCCGCGGCACAGCGAAGCGAGCGGCAGCACAACCGCGACGCCGCGUCAGGGUUUCCCUCUCUCUUCGGGCGUGAGACCGUCUCCGCGGCCUGGCUCGCUUCUCCGGCGCGCCUCCUUUUCAGAUGCAGAGGAAGAAGGCCGCGAAGCGGGCGGCUCGACCGCUUCGUCGCGUGAGACGCUGCCUCGCUCCCAAUGUGCAGAGGACGUGUGGCUGUCUAUGGCGCGUUUUGCGGGCGCGUGUGUGCCUCCUGCGCCCGCAGACAGCGUGUGGCGCGGUCCUGCCGCGCCGCCGCUGGGGGAUGGAGCAGAUGCAGAAGGCGGAGAGAACAGGUGCGCGCUGCCCAGAGCGCCUUCGAGCUUGUCUCUUUCCUCGGCAGAUGCGACGGUGUCGCCAUUCGAACCAGAGGCGGCCUUCGCGCGGCUCGCGACGCCCGCGCGCAGAUCGCAGUCUGCCUCUUCCUGGGGGGGUGGGCGCUCCUUCACACGGCGCCACUUUCCUCCCUCGAACAGCAUCGUCCUGAUGGCCUCUCCAGGCUCCUCGCUCUCCACUUCACUUGCAGAAGAGACUUCGCGAGAGACCUGCGACGACGGCCCCAGACGAGAGGCCGCACCCGUCAAAACACAGGCGCUCAACCCCACUGCAAGUCCACCGUGGGGAGGCCCCGAUGUGUCCUCCUCCUGCGGUUCGCCGCGCUACGCGGCGUUUCCUUCCGCGUCGCGCUCGUCUUCCAGCGCGUCGUCUUCCUUUCUCGCCCCGUCUGUGUACUCCGAAGAAGCCGCGUCUCCCGCCUCCGCUCCUCUGCGAAAGCUGCGCGUGGCGAGCGGGCGAUCGGCGUCUGUCCUUCAUCGCGCUUCCUCCCUCGCAGACGGGCCUCUUUCCUGUGGGCGGUUGGAAGACGUAGCGAUGCGCAGCGACGCUGGAAGCCUCAGCCGCGCGGCAGCGCAUCUCGUGGGCGCGCAGCGCGACCAACUCCGAAGGCCGCAGGGGCUCGCGAGCGAGUCUACCCGAUCGUUUGAGGCGCCGCAGUUCGACGGCGGCCGGCGCGUGCUGUCGUCCGCAUCGCGCGUGUCCUCAAAAGUCUCGGCGUCGAGUGUCGGGGUGUUGAGCACGCGGAAGCCUGGUUCGCUUGUGUGUUUGGGCGGAGGCCUCGUCGGCAUCUUCCAGGGCGACACUUCGCCAGGCAUCUUGUCUUGCUCGUCCUUCUCCUCCUCCUCGCACUCUCCCCUCUCGUCGUCUUCUACCAGCUCGCCGCUCGCCUCUCCGUGCCACGCGCUGCAGACAUCUUCCUCGUCUGCGUCGUCUGCCGCCUCGCAGGCGGGAUUUUCGCGCUCGGCGGCAGCGCGGCCUUCGUCGCAGGCCCCUAGGGCUUCAACAGAGGCGCUGCGCGUCGCGUUGUCGCGCGCAUCCUUCCGCAACCAAGGGGGCGCCACCGCCGCGUUGUCGCUGUCGCUCUCGCCGGGGGCGGUGUCGCCUGCAUCGUCUUCACUGUCUUCACCGCGCUCCUGCGCUUCGAGGAGAGGCCGCAGACGCCAUCAGGAGUCGUUUGGCGCACUCCCGCCGCUCGUCGCGGAUCGGCUAACGGGCACGGCCUCGUCCCUCGCGUCGUCGCGGCUGUCGUCUUUUUCGCGUUGUUCGUCUGUGGUGCUGCUCCCGAGGGUUGAGGACUCCGCGCGCGCGGUCUUCUCGUCCUCUCGAGUCCACGCGGCCGUGAGACCGGGCGACGCAGGCGACGACGACGACGCGUUUGCACUCGUGCUGCCGCCAUCGCCCGCGACGCUGCGGGCGCUGGAAGAGAAGGAGAAGGAAACGCGCGGAGAAGCGUCGGAGCUCGAGGCACCACGUGGCAAGACGGAGAGAUCCGGCUUUUUCAAGAGAAAAACGAAGACCAAGGAUGGAGCCGACAACUCGCCCUCGUCCUCGCGGCACGACGCGAACGCGCCGGCCGCCGGUCCGUACGACGAAGAGGAGGCGGCGGUGCCGCGCCGCGGCCUCCUGCGGAAUUUGGUCUCGCGGCGGCGGGUCGACAAGAGUCGUUCGCUGUCUGAAGCCGCGGCGGCGCAGCCCAGCCACGCAGCCGCAGAGACCAGCCCGCCAGCUAUUGCAGCGAAAGGCGAGCCGGAGAUGUUUAGGAGCUUGCCGUCUUCAUCGCCGGCGCGAGGGCGAAGUGACGCGCCGCCGCGCGAGGCGCAGGAGCCAGGUCGCGCUGAGGGAGGCGAAGCGACGAGUUACGGAAACCCAUUCGAAGAAGGUUCGUUGGCGGACGAGAGCGGAGAUGUGGCAGCUCCGCCACGGCCCUCCGCGGCGUCACCGGGUCUCAGCGAGUUGACGCCCGUCGGGCUUCCGCCGCGCGCGCGAGAGAUGGGAGCGAUCAAGCCCGCGCUGAAGCGCACAGAGAGAUCUGAGGGCGGCGCCUCGCGCCCGCGCGCGAUUUCCUUCGGCCUGCCUGCGGGUCGCGGCGCCUCUGCGGCGGAGGACGACGAAGAGGAUUUCACUCAAGGCGGUGACGCGCGGGGAGCAGGCGCCGCGAGUGCGUCAGCGGAUCGAAGGAGGUCGACGAGACAGCCGCCGAACGACGGCGGAGGCGGGCGACGCCGACGAGGAAGCGGACGCGCCCAGCGCAUUCUUCGCCGGGGGGGGAACAUGCACGGCGCGCAGUCCGCCACGACAGGCGCGCGCGGCGCAGGGCGCGCCGGGGGUCGAACGCGCGCCAUGUCGGUCUUCACCGUUGAGGGCGACGACGACGGCGGAGCGGAGAGAGCGCGGAUGAGCUCCUUCUGCUCAGAGCCGAGGCAAGAGACGAGGCUGACCGGACGCGCACCGCGCCCGCUGGGCGAGAGAUGGGACUCCCGUGACCCCUUCCACGGUGCGGCCCGCGUCCGCGACGGCGAGCCCCUUCAGCUGGAAGAUAUUCCCACGUCGCCUUCCUACCUCUUCACGCAGGCCUCGACGCUGCAGCAGCGCCUCGAGCUGCCGCCGGCAGAGUUCUUCAACCUCAAGGUCGACGUGCAGCGACAGCGCAGCGUUUUUCCGCGGCGCUGGGUCGCUGAGACGAUGCUUGUGCAUCAGAGUCUCCUUCUCUUCUGCCGCUCGCUGCGGCCUCUCUGCGUCCGCGUCAUGAUUCCGCUCUCCAACAUUCAGGCAGUGACCGGGCUCGACGUAAAUCUGCGAGAGAAGGAGAGACGAAAGGCCGCGAAGCGCGGCUGGCGGCUGAAGGUUUCGCACACGGAGCGCAUCGACAGGGGCGCCGGCAAGGUCUUUGACGUGAUUUUCAGAGUAGCAGAGGAGAAGCAAAUGCUCGCCUGGGUCGACCGACUGACGCUCUACGCGAACAAAUGGAGGCUGCGCCCGUCCGUUCCCGAGCUGCUGUAUCGGCCGCCAUGCCAGGAGCAGUUGGCGGAGGUCUCCGAGGACGUCCAGCGCGCCGCGCUCACUCUGCUGACGCAGCGCCUCUUCUUCGCGUUGCGCGCCGCGACGCUGUCGCACUUUCGGCUCUUUUUCUUCAACGCUCGACUAGUGGCGCUGGCGAAGCGCGGGAAGGAGCGCGAGGUCAAGAUCCAGAGUGAAGCCUUGGCUGCGUGCGACGCGGCGCGAGAGCGCGAGGGCGCGCGCCGGCUGCAGGGCGUUCUGGAGAGGAAGCUGCGCCAAGCGUUCGCGGAUUUGCGUCAACAGAGCGAGCGAAUUCACCUCCACACGCAGCAGACGAAACGCUUCUCAGCGGCCGUCGCGCUGCUGGAGCGCGAGGAAGAGGCCGUCGCCGCCCACAUCACGCAGUGGCGGCGGAAAGCGCUGGCCUCGCCGCUCUCGGCCGCGCUCGCGCGCCGCAUGCAUUGGGCUUUCUCGCAACUCGCGCUUUCCGCAAAGCUCGGAAGAGCCAAGGAGAAGCAGAAACGCGCGGGCGCAGCCUUCCUCGAGGACGUGCUGCGCAGGUGCAGAGACGCGCGCCUCCGCGCCGCCCUUCUCAGCCUCGAAAAGCAAAAACUCCGCCGCGCGGCUCAGGAGAAGCGCCUCACGCAACUCGUCGAGAAGAUGACGAGACACAACCUCGCUCUCGCGUGGCGACAGCUCAUGCUUGUCGCGUUUCAAGCGACAAAGCGCGCCGAAAGCCGCGCAAUCAAGGCGAAGGGUCUCGUGCUGGAAACCUUCCUCUUGGCAGCGGAGAAGCGCCGCAUGAUUGACGCCUUCUUCAGACUGCGGGAGCACACACACGCAGCGAGACACGAAGAAGGAGCCACAUUCGAAAACAUGCAGCAGGUCAACACGGCGCUGCAGGCGGCCUACGCACGCAUCCCUCGACAGAGAGGCGCGUUGGUGCUGGCGGCGCUCGCGCGGAAGGCCCAGACGUCGCGGCUGUCCAGCGCCUUCGCUCAAUGGCGCGGGCGCGUGCGCCGAGAAGGGCAGUGCGCGCAGGCUUUGAGGAAUAUCCAGAGGACGCUACAGCGGAAGGAACUCAGAAUGAAGCAAGCAGGAUUCUUCGCACUCCUCCGCCGGGGCUGCCUGGCUGGCGAGCGCGACUGCCAAAAGAGAGCCGCAGCGAGACUUUUGUGUGCGAGUGUCUUCCUGCCCUCGCGGCGCGCGGCAGGAGGCGCGUGGAGGAGGCUGGUGUCGCACACGUCAGAGGGCAAGUUCGAGCGCGAGCUGAAAGCUCUUUUCAUCCUCGAAAAACUCAGACGUCGCCGACUUCAGGGCUUCUUCACGCAGCUUCAGCGCGAGGUUGCGUGCGGGCGCGAUCUUCGCGUUUUCCUGAGGACUCACGUCUUGCAGGCGUUUGUGCAUGUUCUGUCGAUGCACCGCGUCAAGCUGCUUUCUCUCGCAUUCCAACGCCUUCGCACCGUCUGCGGCUUCGCCGAACUUCGCCUGAGGCCAGGCUUCUCGAGCGACUCCCGGUGGUGCCUCGCGGACGAGAGCUUCACGGAGAAGGCGCUGUUUGACCCGUUUCUUCCCCCCCUCGCCGCCGGAGAGGCUGCGGUUUCCUCUUUGGAGGCGCCUGUCUUCGCUCCGCAUGGGGUAGAUCUCCCGCUUCAUGGUGCUGCUGCUGGGCGUCCACUCGACGCGGGGCGCGCCGGUUCUUCGCAUCUGCUUCACUCCGCUUCUCUCCCGCUGCCAACGAAGCAGCCGUUGUCCGCUUCACUUGCCUCCUCGUCUUCGACGCCGCGCGGCGCAUCAGCGUCGCUGUCGCCUGCGGCGAGGGAUGCCAGAGCGACUGACUGGAUGCCAGGGCCUGCGGAGCUCGCGACGGAGAAGUUGCGAGAGCUUCUGCAGCUCUCCGUCGAGCUCCUCAGCCACCAGAAGCGGCUGUUUUCCUCUCCGGUUGAUUCCCAGCUCUCGCAGCCGCGGAGCCCCGCCGUCGUGACGCGCAACUCCGCGCUGCGUGCGGAGGGCGCCGUGGAUUGGCUCUGCGAACGCCUUGAGAGAGAAGACGCGCGCGCCGCCAGGGCCUGGAGAGGCGACGAGACGACCUGGGAGGGGGGCGACGCGUGCGAGGAGCCCGAAAGAGCCGCGAGAGGAGCCGGCGCCGCGAGGCUCUCUGGCGAGUGUAUGCAGCCUCUCGCCGAGGGCAGCUGCGCGUCUCCGGUGUCAUUUCUGCUGCCGCGCGGAGUCGCAGACGAGCGAGGCGACCAGGUGCGCGGACACGAACCGUUUUCUUCGUUCAUCACCGGUUCGCUUCGCGCGGCCUCUUCGGCGGCGUCGCCAGUUUCGUUCGCGGCGGGCAAAGACGCCGUGCUUCCGCCUCAGGCGCGGGUGCCCCCUGCCGACGACACGCUGCUCUUUUCGUGGCACGCGAACCGAUUCGCGGCGCCAGCCAACGAGUUGUCCCUCUCGUCCGCGCAGGGCGUCGACACCUCCGCGCCCGUGGGAGGCCGCGGAGGCACGUUCGUCGCGGGCGACUUUGUGGCACCGUCGCCGACGCACGACGCGCGCCUCUUCGAGCGGGGCUCUCCCGCGAGCCGCGUUGCGGCGCCCGCGGGCAUUCUCAUCUUCGAAGACUCGGCGGAGGAAAUCCUUGCCCGAUGCGAAAAGGAGCGACGCGUUGCGGCGCGCAUCGAGGCCUUGGCGGCUGAGGACCGGUUCUACGCACAGGAAAGAGAGGUGGACGCGCUGAUCCACACCCUCGACGGGCAGCGCCUGCUCGCGCGUGCGCCGCUCGCGCCCGCGCGUCUGUCGGCAAUGGAAGCUGUUCGUCCCUCGGCGUUUUCCGCGACGCCCCCGGGGUCUCUCUCUCCUUCGCACUUUGGAGGCUACCGCGCCUUCGCCGACACCGCGGGCGCGCUGGUGGGCGGCGAGGGGCUUCGCGACUGCAAGCCGAGCGAGAUGGAGAAGUGCGAACGCCGCACCAGGCUCUGUGGAGCCGUGCUUGAUCCACUGUGUUUCUGCUGCCCGUCUGCCGCCGCGCCGCGCGAGAAGGAGCAAGCUCUCCAGACCUCGCCCUCUGCUGCGUCGCACGUCUACGCGACCGCCUCGGGGGUGACUCGCGCGUCGCCGUCGCUCUCCGCCUCUCGGGUUCACUGUUCCGAGUCCUCGCAGGAAGGCACGGGGAGCGACGCGCCCUCGAUCUGCGAGCUUCCCAUCGACGCGGCCGCCGCCUCGGCUUCGUUCGCGACGACGCGCAAAGCGAGACUCCUGCCGGCGCCCGGCUCGCUCCCCGAGUCUCUGGCCCCCCCCCGUGGGCAGGCGAUGGGAAAGACGCGGGAGCGAGAGCUCUCGAGAGGAGGCGUCGGUGGCGUGCCAGCGCUGCGGGAGAAACGAGAGGGAGAGGAAGAGGAACAAGGAGGAGGGCGCGAAUUAAAGGAGGCUCACCUCGAGCGGCGCGGCGAGGGGAGAGUAUGGAAGUACAAGGAUGAGGAGGAGGCGAGCUGA